AUGGCUACUGCAACGCUUACAGCAGAGAUGUUGGAGAAGUUAAUGCGAACUGUGGCAGAGGCAAACAUCAAAGUAAGUUCGUUUGCAAACUGCAGCGCGCGCUACAGCGGAGAAGGUGAUGCAACGAAGGUGGAGGAGUUUAUAUCGGCCAUAACCACUUUCAAGAUGGUAGAAAAUGUGAGUGAUGAGAACGCAAUUAACGGGAUGCCGAUGCUUCUACUGGGUGAUGCUUCAGAAUGGUGGGCUGGAGUAAAAGGUAAGGCAAAGAAAUUUGAUGACGUCGUGAAGAUGCUGCGGGACUCGUUCUGUCCUCCGAAACCAGCAUGGCGAAUAUAUGCUGAGAUCAUGGAGGGUAAGCAACAGAGAGGCGAAGCUACCGACAGUUUUAUUAGAAAGAAAAGAGCUCUAUUUGCGAAAUUGACAAAAUCACCAAGUGAAAAUGAUCAAAUCGAUAUCAUUUUUGGUAUGCUGAGCAUUGACAUCAGAGAUAGAGUGUUCCGGCACAAAGUUUCAAGCUUUGACGAUUUAUUAAAGGACGCUCGAGAGGCGGAAAAUGUCAUAGCAGAAAGACAAAAUAAUGACGGUGUUAAACCUAAAACAUCUGGAUCUGUCAGAUGUGCUUUUUGUCACAGAAAAGGGCACAAGGUAGAAGACUGCUUCAAAAAGAAACAUGUUGAAGACGAAGGACGAAGGAAUGCGAUUUCGACCGCCCGUGAGAAUACGUCUAAACCUAAGAUAGCAUGUUAUGGUUGCAACGCUCCGGGUGUAGUGCGUGCAAACUGUCCAAAUUGCAAAUCUAAAAAGGAUGGCACAAAUGAUCAGAAUGUUGCCUACUUCAAUAGGAUAUGUAGUGACUUGGUUCAGUCAAUAUAA